GCGGAGCACUGCGCGCGGAGUACUGCGCACGCACGCUGCGGCCGGGGGCUCGGCAGCAUGUCGAUCAGCAGGAAGGACUGGUCGGCGCUGUCCAGCCUGGCCCGGCAGCGGACUCUGGAAGAUGAGGAGGAGCAGGAGCGGGAACGCAGGCGGCGGCACCGCAACCUGAGUUCUACCACGGACGAUGAAUCUUCUGGGCUCACCCAGAAUGGAGAGCGGCGGGCUACAGAGAGGCUGCCCAGUGUAGAGGAAGCAGAGGUGCCCAAGCCAGCAUCUCCAGCUUUCCAAGAAGAGGUGGAGGACAUCCAGACCAUCCUCAGAACGCGACAGGAGCGGAGGCAGAGGCGGCAAGCUGUGGAGGCUGCGCAGGCCCCCAUCCAAGAGAGGCCCGAGGCAGAGGAGGGGCAGGAGAGCGCAGGCCCCGAGCAGCCACAGCAGCGCCCCCUUGUGCCCAAGAGGGACUUGGAGUCCUUGCCUCGCCGGAGACUGAACCGGGAGCGCCUGGGCCCUUGGGCCCGGGAGGAGGAGGAGUGUGCAGAAAGCCAGGAGCCAGAAGCAGGGAAGAAGGAGCUCCUGGAGAAGAGUUCGGUCUCUGAGAGAUCCCCUGUGCCAGAGAAGCCAGCAUCGCCUGCCACGAGACUGGCCGCAGAGAAAGCCUGUGUUUCCAAGAAGGGGGUGGCCGCGGAGAAAGGGUCCCCGGAUGAGGGGUUGGCAGCCUUGGCAAAGACAGGUGGCCAGGAGAAGUUGGUUCCAGAAAAAACAAGUGUCUCAGAGAAGUCAUUGAUCUCCGGGAAGACAUCUGUGUCCCAGAAGAUAGAAGUAUCAGAGAAAAGAUCCAGCCUGGAGAAGAAGCCACCUGAAGAAAGAGCGGGCAUCUCCGAGAAGACACCAGAGAGGAGGCUAGUGUCUGAGAAGGCGUCCAUCUUUGAGAAGGGGUCAGUCUCAGAGACAAAGGCAGCUCCAAACAGGGCAGUCAUCACAGAGCAGCCCCAGCCUCCCCCAAGAAGCCAGGCCACCACCAAGGAGCCCAGAGGAAGAGCUCUCCCUGGGCCGAGCCCUCCUUCCUCUGCAAAGCCAGAGCCUCCGACUGCUGCUUCCCGCCUCCCACCUAUCACACUCCAGGUGAAAAUCCCCAGCAAGGAGGAUGAGGCAGACACAUCUUCACCCACCCAGAUCACCUACAGCAGCUCCCUCAAGCGCUCUAGCCCCAGGACCAUCUCUUUUCGGAUGAGCCCUAGAAAAGACAACUCGGAAGCAACCUUAACUCGCAGUGCCAGUGUGAGGCUACCAGCCAGCACAGUUAAGCUAGGCGAGAAGCUGGAGCGAUACCACACGGCCAUACAGCGAUCAGAGUCCGUCAGGUCAUCGGGCUCCUCCCGCGCCGAGGUCUUUGUGACUCCUGCAGGAGUAGCCAGCAAGCGCCACAUCUUUGAGAAGGAGUUGGCAGGGGGCCAGAGCCGGGUAGAGCCAGCCUCCAGCCGGAAGGAGAACUUGAGGCUGUCUGGGGUGGUGACAUCAAGGCUCAACCUGUGGAUCAGCAGGACCCAGGAGUCUGGAGAGCAGGACCCCCAGGAGGUACGGAAAGAACUGGCAGCUACCAAGAGGACUCAGUGGGGGAAGAAAUCGGAUUCUUCCUUGGAUGCUGAGGUGUGACAAGCCUGCAAGACAGAACGUCCCGGCCCUCUCUUACCCCGGCCCCCUCUCGUCCAGGCCCUCUCUGGGAUGCUGGGCCCCUGCCUUCGAAGCAGCACCCUCGUCUCUCACUGCCUCCAGUCCUAUUUGCCUCUGGACCUCUGGCUGUGGCUCCUGAGAACCAGGAACAUGAGUGACAACUCAGCCUCCUCUUUCGCCCACCUCCUUCCCAGCCUUGGCACUUUCCUGUCCUGUGGAAAGCACAGCAAGUCCUGGUCCCACUGGCAGCCAGGAUCUGGCACUAGGUCGCUGGAGGGAGUCUUGGUGGCUUCCUCAAAGAUGACUCCUUCCGGGUCAGGGUGGGACCAUCUCUCAAGGACUCCCAAGGUCAUCUGUCUCAUCUGCUCUUGGCUGGUACUCUGUGUGCUCAUGAUGUCGCCUUACCAAGACCUGGACCUUGGGACCUGGUUCCAGCCUGCCAAGGCCCUCCGACCACAUUGGGAAGGAAUUGCCAGGCCUGGUCCAUUGCUCCGUCUUCCUGCUUUGUGUCCCUUCCCUUCCCUGGCCUGCUGCGUUGUCCGUCCAGGAGCUCGGUGGCUUUUUAUGGAGUCACUUAGCCUCCCUCCCCUUGCUCAGAAAACCCUGUUCUCAGGAAGAAUCUGUUAAAAAUUCAUUU